AUGUAUGCUCGUCUGCAACUUUGGGCCUCGGUGUUCAACUGCGCAGCCAUCAUGUGUAACAGGCAAUGCCCUCUUCACCGAGAUCCGAGAUCUACUCCAGAAGGGUUCGACAUCAUGACCAGUGUCGGCCAUUAUUGCGAUGGCCUCAUGACGCUGUCCAAUCUCGGCAUUCAGUUGCAAUAUAACUCCAGUGCCAUGGUCGGCUGCUCCGGACACAUUGUCAGGCAUGGCGUCACAUUCAGGGGUGAUUGGUUCGUGUGGGCAUGGUUCAUGCGCGAUAACCUUCACAAUUUUGUGGGGACACCUCGGUCAGAGUAUGCGAAAUACAAGGAUGUAGAUUGGGAUGUCUCGGUUUCAGCUUAG